UUGUUAACAAUAAGGGUAAAACUGUAACUUCACAUGGAAUCUCAAAACAAAAACAAAGCUCAAGCCCACUAAAGAAUAAAGCCCAAGUAUAUGGACCGUGUUGUUAAUUUAUAAGCCCAAUUCAUACAUAUUCUUUAGGUAAUCCGUUUUAAUUUCUGUCCAUUAUCCUUUGUUUUUUCUUUUUUUCCCUCGUCCUUUCUCGGGGCUUUCACAUAUUUAGUUACGAGCUGAAGGCCGAAGCUUCGCAAGGUGCAGAGAAAAUUCGAAAGAGCAUCGGUUUACUUCCUUCUUCACAUAACUUGUCCUAAUCUGGUUGACAGGUUUUUCUUAAUUUGUUUUUCAUUCCCUCUUGCUUCCAGCAGCGAUGAAUCCAGUUCCGCAUCAGUUUGCGGCUCAACCUCCCAGGUUCCUGAUGCCGCCACCGAAUCAGCCGCCGUCUUGUUCAUCUUUCUGGGACAAUCUGAAUGUGCGCGAUCGUUUAAGGGAUUUGCAAGAUAGUCUUGAUCUCGCCAAGUCAAUUAUAAAUAUUGAUAGGCAGAAAGAGCUUGAAAUGUUGACGAUAAUCAAAGAGAGCAAAUCAUCCGAGCAGAGUGCGGAUAAUCUGCCUUAUGAUUCUUCUAUUGGUGAAUUUUCUGAUUACUUGGAAGAUAAAAGGAUUAGUUUGGAGUUGCAAGAAUCGCGUUCAGUCGAAGUUGCGGCUGCUUUGAUGAAAAGGUUAAGAGAGCAGCUUCAUCCAUUUAGGAUCGAUACUGAUGAAUCGAGUCUCCGGGAAGCAGUUAAGUUAUCUACUAAAUUAUCGAAGGCCAAGAGAAACAAGCAGUGGAGAAAGAGAAAGAGGAAGCGCAUUGCUGAAUCACUUGCAAAGGAACGUGAAAGUUUUGACCAAGUUGAUCGGGAGGCUGAUGAAUGGAGGGCCAGGGAGAUAGCCAAGGACAUUGCAAAACGUAAGGUGGAGAAGAUGAAAGAAAUUGCAAGAAUUAAAGCAAAAGAGGAGAAAAAGAAGCUAGAUUCUGAGCUUGAACUAGCACUCAUAGUGGAAAAGUUGCAAGAAUUGCGCUCCAUCAGGAUCCAAAAAUUGAAGAAACAAGGUCAUUUCCUUCCCGAGGAGGAUGAUAAGUUUCUCGAGAAGGUUCGAGCUGCAGUUGAGGAAGAGGAACGCCAAGCCCUAGCUGCAGCGGAUACGGAUGCUGCAAAGGAUGCUAUUGCUACUGCAGAAGUGUCUAGGAAGACUAUUUCGAGUUAUAACCCUGAAUCAAGGGAUCCAGAUAGUGCUACAGAGAGGCCUGAAGAAAGAAAUGAUCAAACAACUGCUAGUGUAGAUGAUAAGGUCUCCAACACUAGCACUAAUAAAGAGCCUGGGAAACAGUUUGGAGAAGUACAAGGUUUUGGAAGAGCUUAUGACUAUGCUGCCAACUUACCCAUGGAAUUCUAUCAUUAUUAUUAUGGAAGUAACACCGAUAUGGGCACGUUAAUUGAGGUAAGAAGAUCAUGGGAUGCAUUUAUAAGGCCUGGAGGAAGCCGAAUACCAGGACAUUGGGUUCAACCACCACCACCAGCCGAUGAAAUAUGGGCAGCAUAUUUGGUUCGACCAAAAUGAAACCAUGCAAACAUAUGUUCUGAAAUGGUUUCCCCAAAGAUGUUGCUACCGAUCGGUAUGGGUCGCAAUUGCGUAUCAAAUGAAAAUUAUUUAGGGAGGCUGCUAUAAUGUGACUAGUAGUUUUGAACGGUGGGUUGGAGGUACGAGUGAGAAACUUAGAAGUAUCUUCAUUUUAUCUUGUGGUUACUGGAGUAAUGCAGAUUUCAAAAUUUACAUCCAUCACAUUAUGUGAAUAUUUUUUUCAGGCAUCUGUACGUUGUUCUAUGAUUAUGUGUAGCAACGAUUCAAAGGAAACAUCCUCAUUUGUUUAUGCCA